AGGGAGAUGCUCAGAGGGAGCCCGGCCCUCAGCAGCUCACAGCCCGACCUGGUGGGACACAGGCCGGAGCCGCCGGGAGACCAGGAGCCGAGUCCACAGGAGAGUUUUUCUCAAGUGUCUGUCGGAAGGUCCCUGGCCAGAGUCCAGCCGCGGCUUCCCACUGAGUUCCCUGAACUCGGGGACCAGCAGGAAAGGGAAACCAGGCAGCCGGACCUGUCAUGUUUCAUCACAAACAAGGAUGUGAUAGGCCAGGUUCUGCCUGAAGCAACAACCACAGCAUUUGAAUAUGAAGAUGAAGAUGGUGAUCGAAUUACAGUGAGAAGUGAUGAAGAAAUGAAGGCAAUGCUGUCAUAUUAUUAUUCCACAGUAAUGGAACAGCAAGUAAAUGGACAGUUAAUAGAGCCUCUGCAGAUAUUUCCGAGAGCCUGCAAGCCUCCUGGGGAACGGAACAUACAUGGCCUGAAGGUGAAUACCCGGGCUGGACCCUCUCAACACAACAGCCCAGCAGUCUCAGAUGCACUUCCAAGCAAUAGCUUAAAGAAGUCUUCUGCUGAACUGAAAAAAAUAUUAGCUAAUGGCCAGAUGAAUGAACAAGACAUACGAUAUCGAGACACCCUUGGUCAUGGCAACGGAGGCACAGUCUACAAAGCAUAUCAUGUCCCAAGUGGGAAAAUACUAGCUGUAAAGGUCAUACUACUAGAUAUUACACUGGAACUUCAAAAGCAAAUUAUGUCUGAAUUGGAAAUUCUUUAUAAGUGUGAUUCAUCAUAUAUCAUAGGAUUUUAUGGUGCAUUUUUUGUAGAAAACAGGAUUUCAAUAUGUACAGAAUUCAUGGAUGGGGGAUCUCUGGAUGUAUAUAGAAAAAUUCCAGAGCAUGUCCUUGGGAGGAUUGCCGUGGCGGUUGUUAAAGGCCUUACCUAUUUGUGGAGUUUAAAGAUUUUACACAGAGAUGUGAAGCCCUCCAAUAUGCUAGUAAACACCAGAGGACAGGUCAAGCUCUGUGACUUUGGAGUUAGCACUCAGCUGGUGAAUUCUAUAGCCAAGACGUAUGUUGGAACAAAUGCUUAUAUGGCACCUGAAAGAAUUUCUGGGGAGCAGUAUGGAAUCCAUUCUGAUGUCUGGAGCUUAGGAAUCUCUUUCAUGGAGCUUGCUCUUGGGAGGUUUCCAUAUCCUCAGAUUCAGAAAAACCAGGGAUCUUUAAUGCCUCUCCAGCUUCUACAGUGCAUUGUUGAUGAGGAUUCGCCUGUCCUUCCGGUUGGAGAGUUCUCCGAGCCAUUUGUACAUUUCAUCACUCAGUGCAUGCGAAAACAGCCAAAAGAAAGGCCAGCGCCUGAGGAAUUGAUGGGCCACCCGUUCAUCGUGCAGUUCAACGAUGGCAACGCAGCCGUGGUGUCCAUGUGGGUGUGCAGGGCGCUGAAGGAGAGGCGGAGCCAGCAGGGGCCCCCCUGAGGCCUCGGUGGGCGCUGAAAGCCCAGGACUGGUCACUGAGGGGAAACCCGCCCGUCACACCGUCACACCGCUCACUCUCGGCUGUGUGCAGCAGAACUUUGCUGGGCCUGGGCUGCCCCGCCCUCACCUCAGCUCUGCCCGCGACACCCUGCCUGGGAGCCGUCGUGCCAGCCUGGCCAGGAUGAAGCCCUCACCCCCUCCGGUCUGGAGGCACUGACGGAGGGAAGGGGAGAGGGUGGCGGCAUCGAGAAUGGAGACUCCUAUGCCUCCGCCCCUCUUCCUUUUUCCUAACAUUCUUCUUUGUAAAGGGUCAAGCGCCAUCACUGAUGGGAAUAAAAGUGUUCCUGCCUCCCCA